AUGGGUAAAGGCGCCGAACGAUCCACCCCGGAAGCUUCCGCUCGCAGCAACCUCCUCUCCACCGAAGCCGCCGAAGCCGUCGUGGCCCGUGCAAAGAACCGCAAGCACCCGCACGGGCAGCGCCGCGCAGAGAUCCUCGCAGCUCAUCCCGAUGUCUCAUCCCUCUUCGGCAUCCAUCCGCCCACAGCGCUUUGGUCCCUUGCCCUCGUCUUCUUCCAGGUAACCCUCGCUGUGGCAGCUACUUCUUUUCUCCCUACGUGGGCCGCUUUGGUAGUCAGCUACACAGUGGGCGCCAUAGUCGACCAUGCUCUAUGGGUCCUCAUUCAUGAUGCUACCCACAACCUCGUCUUCCGCAAUGUCUGGUCCAACCGUGUUGUCCUUCUCUUGUGCAAUAUCCCCCAUGUUUUCCCCUCGGCCAUGAUGUUCCGCUACUAUCACAUCCUGCAUCAUAUCGAACUCAACCGAGCGUACAAAGACCCAGAUGUUCCCUUUGAGUGGGAGGCCCGUCUAAUCGGAAAUUCCCCUUUCCGUAAGUCUAUCUGGCUGGCGUUUUUCUUCAUUGUUCAAGCUCUCCGCACCAUCUUCUACACAUACCGAAUUCCUAAGGGCAUCGAAGUCAUGUGGAUGGCGCUCAAUUGGGCCACAAACAUUGCUUCCCUCGCCCCUAUUGUCCUGUACUUCGGAUGGAAGCCUAUCUUCUUUCUAGCAUUUGCUAGCAUCUCCUCCAUCGGACUUCACCCACUCGGAGCGCGUUGGAUCCAGGAGCAUUAUCCGACUCAGCCCUUCCAAGCCACCUACUCGUAUUAUGGUAUUGCAAACCGCUUCGCAUUUGCCAUUGGCUAUCAUGUCGAGCACCACGAUUUUCCAUCCGUCCCAUGGAAUAAAUUGCCCGCUCUCAAGGCCAUGGCGCCGGAGUACUAUGAUACCCUAUUCGCUUAUACGAGCUACUCCGAGCUCUUGAAAGAUUUCAUCUUCGAGCGCAAGUGGAGUUUGUCAAAUCGCUUUGAAGUGGAGCGCGAAAUGAAUGAGAAGGCAUCACCAGGUGCUGACGCUUUUACAAAGAAGGAGCGGUAGGCUGCGCUCUUUGACUCUGUCAACUUAUUCGUUUGCGCUCUCUCGGCCCUGACUACCGUCAAUGGUAUUUAUACCACGCGACUUGAAAGAUGUAUUUUUUCGAAUCUCGCCAGGGCAUUGUACUCACAAACGGAUCAACUACAACGCUUUGUAGCACCUCUCAAACGACUGCGACACAAACACCUUGUUCGUUGUUGUCAGGUAUAUUCUUGGUUGUUUCGAAAUUGACCACCGAUUGUGUGCCCAUUCUAUUCUGUACUCUACGUUGAACGAUAAACUAAUAUACAACCGAA